GAUGACGUACUUCACAAUCAGUUCAUGGGAAGGCAUGUGUGUGAUGAUUGUGCAGUGAAAUUUGUCUUGUUUUUGACCUUGCGCCAAAUUGGAAUUUGAGGAUGCCUCGUCUCCCACCCCGUGUCAAUGACAUGGCUAUACGUCUGGCACUGUCAGGUUGCACCAACCGGCCCUUUUACCACAUCGUUGCUAUGCCACGAAAGAAGGCUCGCGAUGCUAAGGCCACAGAACAACUUGGCAGUUAUGACCCAAUGCCAAAUACGGACAAUGAGAAGCUAGUGUCUCUCAAUUUUGAGAGACUGAGAUAUUGGUUGGCCUGUGGAGCAAAUUCCACUAAGCCAGUCCAACAAUUACUGGGUCUUGCUGGCUUCUUCCCAGUUCAUCCCCUGAGCUACAUCAAGGCCAGGAGGAACCGUCGAGCAGUUGCAGAGCAACUCAAGGAAGAGGUGACCCAGGAGGAGUCGGGAUCUGCACCUACAUAGUGCUGUCCAUCUCCAGUAGCCUGAUGUGGUCGUGUGACUCCUAGUGGAUGACUGAUACGAUGUCUGUCAGGAACUGUGGACUGAAUCAUUAGCUGUGUGUGUGAUUGAUACAUUGGCUGUACUGAUGACCAAUAGAACAGCUGUAUGGAUACAAUGAAUGUAUGUGUUAUUGAGCAGACUGCAGCAUGUUGAUGGCCCACAUGGUGUAGCUGCGUUAGCUCCCCUCUGUAGGAGAUUCUACACUUUCAUGUCACAACAUGAGCCUUCUCACCUUUAUCUCUCUUUAGGGGGUCAUUGACAUUGAGAUGUGAACAGUUGACAUCCAGUAUACUUGACAUCUUAAUUUUUAAUUAUUCAAGGCAGCUGACAGUGUGUUGUUCCUAUAGUCAAACCCUGCUGUGUCCAGACCCUGGGGACUCGAGGAAUACUUGUACAUAUUCAGGGGUCAACUAAUCCAGGGUUCAACACAUCUGACUCAACUCCCUAACUGUGUGACCUAGCCAACACCAGCAGACAACAAAAAGCAACCUUGCCACAUCAUGCAUAUCAACUAAAUAACAUUGAUAUAGUUAUACAAAAGUAUUUGUCAUGUCUAUAUUUAUUCACUAUAAAGUAAGUUUGAGACGACCUUGAAUUUGACACAUCAAGGUUCGGCAUGGUUUUCUUGUAGACUGGUUACAAGAACAUUUAUUGUUUCCACAAUUCCAGUAAAUAGCCAAGCAUGUUGAACUGUUGACACCAUUAUGUAUUAUCAGGUACACACACUGUUUAAGUUUUUAUAACUGUUUGGAAAA